CCCGUGUCGUCAGUUUCUCUCCCUCUAUCAGUUCUGUUUGGAGACUUUUUGUGAAGUGUUCGCUAUACAGGUCGAUGGUGACAUAGGUAGCCCAUUCACUAGGACAUUGUUCCUGCACUCUCUCUUCUCUGAUAGCUCUGUUGUAUGGAUUACAAUGGGCGGUUCUUAAGUAUAGUCUAGGGGGUGUCACAGUGUGUGUUGGGAAAAAAGCUUCAUAAAACAUGAGAACAACUUGGAUUAAGCCCUCAUCUGCACAGGGGCCGAAAACGCCUGUGCCUCUUCCUAGAACUAAAUUCAUAAACAAUGCCUCAACAGGGAACCCAACACAAGAUGGGGGAACUCUGCAGCAAGAAGCAAAGAAGGAAGAGUUGGGUGGUCAGACGAGUGGGACUAAAGAAAUUAUUACAAGAAGUCUUUCUAGUCAAGGGAAGUUACCCGAUGCCAAUGCGAAAAACAGCCCCCCUGAAAACGAGUCCUUGGCUGCAGAAAUGAUAAGUCCACCUCCUAAACCUCCUAGAACCUUCAUCUACACCAGUCCUGAAAGUACUCCUUCCAAUCGCCGCGUGGUUCGUCCAGCUUCUACGCCACCCCAACCUCCAAGACCCUCUCUUCGGAGAACUUUUGAAAAUCCUGCGCCAACAGAGGUUAUUCGUUCAUCAAACGUAACUCCCCCUCGCCACCAUGAAUCAAGACGUGGAGGAAAUGAACCGAACAGGACUCCAGAGGACCAGCAACCUACCCCUGGCGUGUCUCCUGUGUCGGAUUCAAAUGGCACGGCAUCGCGCCCGUUGUCGUGUUCCACACCAACCUCAGGGACUAAUCAAGAGGCUAGACCGCAGCCCAGAAGCCAUAGACGCCUCGGGACAUUUGUUCUUCCUCCACUGCCAUCACAGCCACCGCCUCUGCCUCCGACUGCCUCCCAGAGAAGAUCCUCCCAGCCGAAUUCAAUACACAAUAACAAUCAAGCUAAUUCGGCGAACCAAACUGAGUCCAGAAGUGAAGCUGCAACAUCAGCAGUAGUACCAAGGAGGCCAGGCCAGGCCACCACCCAAGAGGCUGUGAUCACGCCAGGGGAGUUUGAAUGUUGCUGCAAAGAAGUCUUCAGUCGUGGCAAAAAGGCUCGGGCGUACAUGGAAAAUGGCCGAUACAUGGAGGCAGCAAACGAAUAUCAAAAGGCCCUUUCAGUGGUAGACAAGGUUCUGAAGACUCAGGUACUCUCCAUCACCACAGAUGAGACCACCAGACAGAAAUUUUUCCAGAUGCAGUCAGCUGUUUUCCUUAGCAGGAAAGAGGCUCUCAACGGCUUCAGUGACGCGCAGGCGGCAGUGGCGGCGCCCCGCGAGAUGCUUGCGGAGAGCACCACCCCCGGGGCACCGCCCACGUACGAUGACGUAAUACGGGAAGAUCAACAGCGAACCUCAGGUUUGCGUCCAUCAAUUCCGGUAAGACCCCCGUCUAUCCGUCCUUCGGGACGUCAGCAACCCCCUGCACGUUGCCCUCAGCCGCGACCACCUCAACCCCGCCAGCCCCAGGAGCAGCCUGCGCCUCCUAGCGUUCGCACCCGAGAACCUCAAUCUUUGCAACAUCCAUCUCGAGAUCAACCGCGCCCACACGGACCCCGUCGUGUGCCGAAUGUUUCACAAAACAGAUCCACGGCGCACCGUCCUCCCUAUGAUCGCAGUGUGACUCACCCUGCCCAUGACCCUCCUUCGCAUUCACCGUCAAGGAGGCCUCAAAACCCAGGCUUAUCACACAAGCGCUCACUCUCUCUUACGGAUGGUGACUUGAGGACUGAGAUGCUGGUGGAUUUGAGUGAUGAUCACCAGCUUUCCCAGCACUUCCCAUCUCGCACAACAGCACCAGUGGAGCUCCGCCCUCUGGUUCCUGCGCGAAUGUCAUAUCCUCGGCCAAAAUCUCACUAUCCACCCCGCGCAGUGCAGGAAGUUCCAGUGAGACCAUCUGUAAGAUCAAGACCAAAAUCUUGCAUUCAGCCGGGUGACCUGUCACCCCUGUCAAAUAUAUCUUUCCAACUGCCGGCCGGGGAUCUUGAUUUGUCGUUGCCCGAACCAAAUUUGCAAGAAGAGUUUGACCCGGAAGACAAAUCGGCACCUCGUGCAAAAGAUGGUAUUAUUGCCGCUAAUUCCACACAAAGUACCACUAACAAGGGAACAGAAGUCGUAGAACAUCUAGACAAUAAGAAAAUGGAUAAUGAAUGUGGAGCUACUUUUUCUGAAUCCCAAAUAUCUGUGCCUAAGAAGUGUGAUUCUAUAAAGCUUGAUGAAACAACCAAGCCACUCUCCUUACGCCAAAGCCUGACAAGCUUGAGUGACAACAGUAUGGGUGAAGAAGAUACAACCAAAGCUUUUGUAAAUGCACAACCAAAUAAACAACCUGCCAUAAAUGAUGAAAGUGAUCAUAAAUUACAGAACAUAAAUGAUAGAACUGAUCAUAAACUACCAAACGCAAAUGAUAAUAUUGAUGGUGCCUUUGAUGACCUUGCACAGGAAUGUGAUAUAAGCAGUUCAGUCGAGAGUGAUUUCGAAAAAUUAAGUCUGACUGAGGGUGAAAAUAAAUCUAGGGGACCUUCAGAUCUGGUAUCUGGAAGUCCUUCUAUAACUUCUAAGUCACCUACAGAAGUCCUUGAUCCUUUUGCUGAUAUAGAUCCAUUCGCGUCGUUUACACCAAAAGAUGAAAACGACAAAUAUCUAUUUCCUGAAGAAUUUUCCUCUCUGCCUAUUACCAUCAACAAAGAUGCAGAACACAAACAGUUAUCAUUAGACGUUCAAGUGGACAACAGACCUCACAGAAAGGUUGAUCGCCUCCACACCCCUCUGAAGCCCAUCGCUGUGCCGGGAGAUAAGCUACAGCCACAUGAUUCUAAAACCGCCAAGGAUGAAGAAGAGGAAUCACGCGACUCGUUCACAGACGAACAAAGGGAAACACUCCUGGAUGCCCUUGACUUUGCCAUCUCCCAAACGCCAGGCCACGCGAGAGUUUCCCCUCAGAGAUCCAACUCGUCCAUUAAAGCUUCUCGGUGUAGGUCCGAGGAUACACUUUUAGACUGCUCCUAUAACACUCUGGGGAUGUAUCUCCAGUCAGCGAAUAUAUGCGCCAGCAGAGCGUCUAUCAUUGAUGAGUUCGAUCCUCUGUCUGAACCAUCAGCUGAACCCCCCGAGUCCAUUCCGGCCAACUCAGAUUCAGCUCAUUAUUCUGAUGGCGAGGAUUGUCCUGAUGGAAUGACUGAAGAGGACAUUGCAAACGAGCCAUACUACGCAGAACCAAGGAAAUUGCUCCGAGAGAUGGAAGAUAGCUCCUCGGAACACUAUGAUGAAUUUGAUAGUAAUUUCGAUUCCCGAAAUAUCACAGAGAAAGUGUCAGAGGUAUCAACCCAUUACUCAGCACGUCAAGGUAACCAACAUAUCUACGCCAAUGCCAGGGCCAGAUACUCUGUGUCCUCUUCUGCGGGAUCGUGGGCUUCCAGUGCCUCUUCAUCUCCCCCUCCGCUGACUCCUUUCGCCGCGGAAUCAUGGACUCCUUGGGAACCUGAACCUCUUGAAACGGGUGUUGGAAGGUCCAAGUUCUAUUCCUCUCCAAUUAACAGCCAGGUCACCACGCCAGAGCCAGUGGCAGGGGCUUCUGCGUCCUCCCCCCCCAUUGCCGCCGUGCCCCCCAGCCCGCACCUCGGCCAAGGCUCCUUCCGCUCUGACUCACGCGAGCUGCUGCGGAUCCGCGAGGGAGUCAAGAUAUUCUUCAUCCAUGACGACAGCAUCGUGACGUCACCAUGGAACCGCCCAUAUCUUUCCAUACUUAAAGACACCAAAAAGACGUGGCUCAUUGGCGAAGGUCUAACCGUUUUCGUGGGGGAUGCCCUGUGGCGGUCGGCCCUCAGCAAGAAGUCGACGCUGGUCUUGCGGACGGAAAAUGGAGUCUACCUUUUCCAGGAGACCGCGGGAAAGCCUGAUUGCCGAGCAGUUGGCGUAAGGGUGCCGACAACAGUCAGGCGAGCUCAGCAUGAGUUAUUUGCACGAAUAAUACAGGAAAACGCCAGGUUAGAAGACGAGCGCCCUUCAGGCAUUACCAAAGCCAUCUCGAAAGGGGCAUCAUCAGCUGCCUCCAAGAUGGAACAAAUGGCCAUGAAUAAAACGGACGUCGUCACCAAUCCUCCGUUUGUGAGGAGGAAUUCUAUCCGAGCGUUGAAGGGGGUGUCCAGAAGAUUGCACGCCAUUGCAGAACGAACCGGAUACACCCAGCAGGAACUACCAGCCGAGUACUCCAACCUGCAAGAAGCGGCAAACGUCUUGCGAUAUGCCCGUACUGCCAAAAGUAUUCAAUACAUUUAAUCAGGACAUGACAUUCUUAGCCACGUUAAGUUGUGGAGAGGCAGCAGCACUCGGGGACGCGAGUCAGGCCCGAUCGGUGAAGCGUUAAGGAAUUUCUCUUCCCUUACAGCACACACAUAAAUACACAGACACACACAGACACACACACACACACACACACACACACACACACACACACACACACACACACACACACACACACACACACACACACACACACACACACACACACACACACACACACACCGUCACAUGCACACACACACACACACACACACCGUCACAUGCACAC